GUCAAUGACAACAAAUUACAAGUUAGAACAAUACAGAUCUCAUUAGAAUCGAUUUUUGAAAAAUUUUUCUUUUUAAAUAUAAAAAGUAAAAAUAAAGUUAAACAGUACACUGAUUCAAGUUACAAGUUUCGGAAGCUUGCUAUAGUUUUCGAAUUAAAAUUUUAAAAAAAAUUGAAAACCUUUCAAAGUUCAAUUGCAACCUAAAAUCAUAAAUAUUGAUUUUUAGAAAAACCUUGAAAAUAUCGAUUAAAUAUGUCUCAAGCUGUGCGAAUGAAAGCUGGCAAGUGUCCAACUGAUGAACUUAGCCUUACGAAUCGAGCUAUUGUUAAUUCUCAAGAUUUUCCGGAAGAUAUAAAAUAUGCUGAAGUUUGCACAGGACCUGGUCAACGAUUUGUGUUUUCAUUACAUAGAACCAUGGACAUACAAAGAGGCUAUAUUGGAUUUUCUUUAGUACAAAGAAAAUGGGCCACAUUAUCAAUUAACCAAGAAAUCGAAGUGCGAGCUUUCGCUUUUGAUGGUUCUUCAGAUGUUAUUUGCUCAGUGACUCUAGAAACAGACUUUUUACAAAAGAAAACUGUUUCCCAAGAACCCUAUGAUACUGAUCAAAUGGCGAAGGAGUUUUUGCUGCAAUUUGCAGGUCUAGCGCUUACUGUAGGCCAGACAUUAGUUUUCAGCUUCCAAGAUAAAAAAUUACUCGGUUUAGCAGUUAAAACGCUCGAAGCUAUUGAUCCACAAUCGAUUCAAGAAGGAAAAACUGAUCAAAUGAAAAAGGUCAGAUUUGGAAAAAUAUCUGGAAAUACUGUUAUACAAUUUGAGAAAGCUGACAAUUCAUCUUUGAAUUUAACUGGAAAAGCUAAAGGAAAAAUUGUUCGACAAUCUAUUAUAAAUCCAGAUUGGGAUUUUGGAAAAAUGGGCAUUGGAGGUUUAGAUAAAGAGUUCAACGCCAUUUUUCGGCGUGCUUUUGCUUCUCGAGUAUUUCCACCAGAAAUUGUUGAACAAUUGGGAUGUAAGCAUGUCAAAGGCAUUUUAUUAUAUGGUCCUCCUGGAACAGGUAAAACUUUAAUGGCACGUCAAAUUGGCAAUAUGUUGAAUGCACGUGAACCCAAAAUUGUCAAUGGUCCUCAAAUUUUGGAUAAAUAUGUUGGUGAGUCUGAAGCUAAUGUUCGUCGCCUCUUUGCUGAAGCAGAGGAAGAAGAAAAGCGGCUUGGCCCAAAUAGCGGUCUGCAUAUAAUCAUUUUCGACGAAAUUGACGCAAUAUGUAAAGCAAGAGGUUCUGUAGCUGGUGCUGGUGGUGGGGUACAUGAUACUGUAGUAAAUCAAUUACUAGCUAAAAUUGAUGGUGUUGAGCAGCUUAAUAACAUUCUAGUAAUUGGUAUGACAAAUAGACGUGAUAUGAUUGAUGAGGCUUUACUUCGACCUGGUCGGCUAGAAGUACAAAUGGAAAUCAGUUUACCAAAUGAGCAGGGAAGAGUUCAAAUUCUUAAUAUUCAUACCAGGCGUAUGAAACAAUAUAAUAAGAUGGACCCGGAUGUUAAUUUACAAGAACUUGCGGAAUUGACUAAAAAUUUUAGUGGCGCUGAAUUGGAGGGUUUAGUUCGGGCAGCACAGUCAUCGGCGAUGAAUAGAUUAAUUAAAGCUUCCAGUAAAGUAGAAGUUGAUCCUCAAGCAAUUGAAAAACUAAAAGUGAAUCGCAAUGAUUUCUUACACUCAUUGGAUAAUGAUAUCAAACCCGCAUUCGGUACCGCCCAAGAAGUUUUAGACACUAUGCUCUCUCGAGGAAUUAUAAAUUGGGGUGUUCCCGUAGCGCAUAUUCUUGAAGAUGGAAUGUUAUAUAUUAAUCAAGCCAAAGCUCCAGAAUCAUCGGGAAUAGUUUCAAUUUUACUUGAAGGCCCUCCUAAUUCGGGAAAGACAGCACUAGCUGCUAAAUUGGCAAAACUAUCUGAUUUCCCGUUUGUUAAAGUUGUUACUCCAGAAGAUAUGGUAGGAUUCACAGAAUCCGCAAAGUGUUUACAGAUACGUAAAGUUUUUGAUGACGCUUACAGAUCUACCUUAAGCUGUGUUGUUGUCGAUAACAUUGAACGACUUUUGGAUUAUGGUCCCAUCGGACCAAGAUACUCUAAUAUGGGAUUGCAAGCUCUUCUUGUUUUACUAAAAAAACAGCCGCCUAAAGGGCGAAAAUUGUUGGUGUUAUGCACCAGCAGUCGUCGGCAAGUACUAGAAGAAAUGGAAAUGUUAUCGGCUUUCACGUCAAUUAUUCAUGUUCCGAAUUUGUCGGAAUCUGAUCAUGUUGUUGAGGUCUUGGAACAACACGAUAUAUUCUCGAGAGAUGAAUUGAAUAAAAUAGCUAAAAAGAUGCAUAAGAGAAGAGUUUUCAUUGGUAUUAAAAAACUAUUGGGAUUUAUUGAUAUGAUAAGGCAAACUGAGCCACAUCAUCGAGCAAUAAAAUUCUUAUCAAAAAUGGAAGAAGAAGGAUGCAUUGCAUUGGAAGCACAUUAACUGAUAAAGGACAUAGACAGUAUGUCGAUUGUUGAAAUCGACGAUGUAUUUUAAAAAUUACAUCAAAUAUUUAUUAAUAUUAAGCAAAAUAAAAAAUCAAGUCAUAAACUAAUAAAAAUAUAUUAAUUCUUUAAAUGAAAUUACGCAUGUUAUAUAUAGAAAAACAUUCAAAAUAAUAAUAUUUAAUUCUAUUGUAAGCAAUAAAUUCUGAAUGUAGAAAAUGUUACAUAUAGUAAUUAUGAUGUUAUAAAGUAUAUUUUUUUUUUUUGUUUAAGUUAAAUUGUUAUAUUUAUGUAUUUAUAUAUACAUAUAAUUAUAUAUAAAUUAUACAUAAUGGUUUUGUUCCCGUCUUUCACAUUACAACUUUUUUUUUUUUGGAAAUUGAAUCUUUUUUGGAGAAGGAAGAAAACAUUAUUAAGUACAUAUCAAUACCUUGAAUAAAUUAGUUGAUAUUAUGCAUUAUACAUGUAUAUAUAAUACAUAAGCAUGUAUUUGAUGAAAUAAUAUGCAUAUGAUUAAAUAUAUAUGUACAUAUUGAGUCCGUCCCAAAAAUGCGGGCACAAUUUUUGGAUGAUGAGAUUCCAUUUUUUAUCUUACCAAAACAAAAAAAAAAAAAAAAGAAUUCAAUUCUAAGAUUCGAAUAUCAGAUAUGAUAACAUAAAAUUUAUUUUCAAGAAAACAUUCCAUUAAAAAAAAAAACAAUAUUAAAUAAAAUAUUAUUUCUUAAAAUGUGAAAGAGUUUUUGUUGAAAUGUUUAAAUUAAAUUUUGUGUUUUUAAAUACGAAAUCGCUUCAAUUAAAUUGCAUGGAUUAAAAAACAAAUUAAACAUACAAUUAACAUAAUAUAAUUUUAUUUUAGAAUUUUUAUUAUAUUUUCGAUAUUUAUCUUAAAAAUAUAUUAAAUCAAAAAUAAAAGGAACAAAAAAAUUGAAUAUAAUUUUUCAAAAAAUUUAAAUUAUUUUACAUAAUAUGUAUAUCGUACCUGUUUGAAAGUGAAAUUGGUAUGUUCAGUGCAUAUGGUAGUCUUAAAAAAUUGUAAUAAAAUAUUUAAGAUAAUAAUAUGUUUAAAUUUAAACAUUGUAAUAAAUAAUAAUAUCGAUACAGACGUUAUUAUUUGUUAAUAUUAUUCAUUUCAUAAUUAACUCUUAGAAAUAUAUUUUUAUUUUAUGUAAUAUUUGCAACUUUAAAAAGGAAUAUUGGAUUUGUAUGCAAUGUAAAUAAUAGUAGCACUUUUUAUGAAAAUUUUUUAUAAACAUGAGAAUACCUAAUAUUUAAAUCAUAUUUAGAAAAAAAUUUGAUAUAGUCUCAUAAAAUAAAGGUCUAUUUGUAUAUGUAUGAUUACAUAAUUACCUAAGUUUUGUUAGUCGCACCACUUGAUAUGAUGGACUGUUAUUGAACAAAUUUUGUAAUUUUCUAAAUAAAAUCAAAUUCUAUACUGAAAACGAAAAUAUUUCUUAAUAGUAUCCCAUCACAUCAAAUUAUAUGACUAACAGAAUAUGGUUGAAUAUGCAUAUGAUUAAACUUUAUUCCUUCUAAUAUUUGUUCAACUAAAAAAUUUUUUUAAGCAUAAAAGCACAUAAAAAUCUCAUAUGCACUGUAUUUGAUAUAAGGAAAGUUAACGAAAAUUUGUGAAUUUUUUGUUUUUUUUUUUUUUAAAUAUAAUAUAUAUUUAAUAAAUAAAUUUUACACCUUUAUUAACUUAAUUGGUUUAAAAAAAAACAUUAAUUAAUUAUACUUUAAAGACUGACU